GUUGUGGGUCGAAUCGCCAUUUUGGUUAUAUAUAACUGAGGAGUGAGCGUUUGCGUGCGGCAUAAUCGUAGGUAAGAUGGUACACUCGUGCUGUGUGAAAGAUUGUCAUAAUAAGUCACAUGAUAGAAAUGGCAAAAAGGUGGACCACAACAUAAGAUUUUUUCGGUUUCCCACUUGGAAAAGAGGAUAUGGACAGCAGGUAGAGGAAUUAACGAAGAGGCGUCGGGUGGCCUGGGUCGCAGCGGUGCGACGGAAGGAUGUCACUUUCAACACGAUAUCUCCUUUCAUGCGUGUUUGCUCUCGGCAUUUUCAUAAAGGCCAACCAGCUUAUGAAAUGAUGGACACUGACCCUGACUGGGCACCAUCCCUACAUCUGGGCCAUACGCAUGUUACACCCACAAACACAGCACGCGCUGAAAGACGAUGUAGACGUCAGCAGCUACGGAAAGAGAAACUGCAACCAGCAAAGAUGGGGGUCGAAAAGGAUGCAGACCAUGGAGAGCUGCAAGAUGAGGAUGGCACGCCAGAGCCUGGUGUGGAAAGAGGCUUGCAGCAGGCUGAGGAAGAGAAACCCAACAUUGGAGAAGAAGGUGGGCAGCUACAUGCCAAAGAGGAGACACAUGAGGCAGGAGGAAAAAGUGACAAGCUCAUCGCUGAGGACAAGACGCACAACACCAGUCACGACGUGACGCAGACUGAGUGUGAAUUGUGUGUGCUCAGGCGGGCAGAAAUAAACCGCCUGUUGGAAGAGAACAGACAGCUGCGUUGUGAACUCAAUGAGUGCAGGAUAUCCGAUGGUUUCUUUGGAGGGGAUGAUGAAAAAGUAAAGUACUACACAGGUCUGCCAAACCUGCAAACCUUUAUGACAUUAUUCAGUUUUUUGGUGCCUCUCAUGCAUGGUCAAAGGAAAACUCUUACCCCAUUUCAAAUGCUUCUGUUAACCUUAAUGCGCCUUCGAUUGGAUCUGCCUCCACAACACCUAGCUCAUCUGUUUCACAUUUCCCUAAAGACAGUGUACAGAACAUUCAAUGAAACGGUUUCAUUUAUACAUGCAAACUUGAGGCAUUUACUUGUAUUCCCAGAUAGAGAAAAACUGCAAAAACUUAUGCCUCAUGAGUUUGUGGAGGCCUUUGGACACCAAGUGGCUGUGAUUAUUGACUGUUUUGAGAUUUUGACAGAGAAACCAUCCAAUCUGAAAGUGCGUGCCCAAAUGUUUUCCAGCUCCAAGAAUCACCACACUAUGAAAUACUUAAUAGGCAUUACGCCCAUGGGGGCUAUUUGUUUCUUAUCAAAAGGCUGGGGAGGUCGUACAAGUGACGAACACAUAACCCAGAACAGUGGUUUUCUUGAUGAUCUGUUGCCUGGGGACAUUGUCUUGGCUGACAAAGGUUUUGACAUACAGGAAUGUGUGGGCUGCUGUCAGUUAGCUGAUAGGGAUGUGGAGGAAACUAGACAAAUAGCAAAUUUGAGAGUCCAUGUUCAAAGGGUCAUUCCUAAUGUGUGUCAGAAAUAUAAAAUCUUAGCAGGGACCGUUCCCGUAAAUAUGCUUCUUCCGUGUGAAGGUGAAGAAGCUGCAAUGCUGGAUAAGGUUGUCACUGUCUGCUGUGCCCUGACAAAUCAAUGCCCAACUGCAGUUUAAGUUUGCAAGUACGGUUUCUAACGGUUGACAGGAUGUCUGGAAGGAUCUGUAUAAACUGUGCUUACUGAGCCUGUAUUCUGCUUUCCAGUUUUAUUUCAAACGUGACCAAUGCAGUUCUGUCCAAUGAA